AUGUUGAAAAGUGAAGCUGCCUGUUUUAUCUCUUUGCACAGUACCCUCUUCCUCCUGGCUGCUGCAGGAUGCCUUCCCUUCAACGACCCCCAGUUUGAUCCUGGUGGAUAUUUCUGGGCUGUAAUUCACUUACUCUGCGUAGGGGCUUAUAAGAUAUUACAGAAGGCCCGGAAACCCAACGUGCUAAGUGACAUUGACCAGCAGUACUUAAACUAUAUGUUCAGUGUGGUGCUCCUGGCACUUGCGUCUCAUCCCACAGCUGCUUCGGAUUAUUUGAACUAGUCUCCUGAGGAAACUGUCGAUAGUGACGGAGUGUUUCUGGAUUGUGUAUGACCCAUCCGACCCCGUGUCUCAUGAGGAUAAUUUGAAUGACUUUUUUCUCAGAGCAUUAUUCUACACUUGCCCACACUGAUGCACAUCUGCUAUUUUCUGCCCAGUCCCAUAGCCCGGGGUUAUCUUCCGACUGUAAGGUUUGCUGCUGAGUGCCCUCUGCACUCUCGUGUUGAAAACCUAUCCUUUGUAAAAUAAAAAUCAUAUGAAGCCCAUGGUGUGAACCCUACCUGUUUCUGCUCACCCAUGCCGCUGCUUGUCUGCCUUUGAGUGUGCCUCUUGUCAUUUUUUCAUGCAGUCAGGUAGUUGCCACCCAAGAGAUAUUCACGAGCCCCCGAAGCACCCUCCCCCUUGCAACUGUGUU